AUGCCUACCGUGGUGUUGAUGGACGUGUCUCUGUCCAUGACACGGCCAGUGUCUCUGGAUGGCAGCGAGGAGUUUCAGAGGAAGAACCUGGCUGUCCACGGACUCAACAUGUUGUUUGAACACAUGGCCUCAAACUACCGCCUGGAGUUCACAACACUGAUGGCCUUUUCCUCCCUCUGGGAGCUCCUGGUGCCUUUCACCAGAGAUUACAACGCACUGCAGGAGGCUCUCAGCAACCUGGAAGACUAUGACAAGACCUGUGUUGAAUCAGCUCUUCAGGGAGUUAGUAACGUGGUACAGCAGGAGUGGGGUAGUGCCUGUCCUUGUCAGGUGGUGCUGGUUACUGAUGGAUCUCUUGGUAUCGGAAAGGGUUCCCUUCGUCACUCCCUGCAAACACUAAAGCAGCGUGGGGAUGACAAGAAAUUUCCCCUCCCUUUCCCUUUCCCUACCAAACUCUACAUCAUGUGUGUAGCCAAUGCAGAGGAGUUGCAGGUGACUGAUGCCAUGGACAACUUGGAGGAGUUACUUCGUCUCAGCGGGGGUGAUGGACAGAUCUUCACUGUGGAUGGACCACUUUGCAUGAAGAGUGUACAGGCCAUGUUUGGGAGGCUGAUUGAUCACGCAUACUCUCCCUUCCAUGCCGUACUGCACUGUGGGAACCUGUCCUCAGACGUUCAGGUGUUCCCUCGACCCGAGCCUGUUGUGAUGGAUGAAGAGGUGGAGCCCAUGCCACGAGUAGUCAGCACAGAUUUGGAAAUUGUGGGCUUCAUUGAAAUUGCUGACAUUUCCAGUCCUCCUGUUAUAUCCAGACACUUGGUACUCCCCAUUGCCGUAAUUAAAGAGGUGGAUGAAGUUGGUACAGGAGCCACAGAUGAGCUCGAGGAGGAACCUUCUGCCAGUCAAAUGGCAGGCAAAAGUCCAAAUUUUUGUGUACUUUUGCAUGGCAGUCUGAAAGUUGAGGGCAUGGUGGCACUGGUCCAGCUGGGACCGGAGUGGUACGGUAUGCUGUACUCCCAAGCUGACAGCAAGAAGAAAUCGAACCUGAUGAUGUCUCUUUUUGAGCCUGGUCCAGAGCCUCUGCCUUGGCUGGGCAAGAUCUCACAUUUGGGACCAAUAUCAGAGGCGGCUGAAAAUCCCUAUGGAGAGGAUGACAGCAAAAGUCCAUUCCCUGUGCAGCCCCAGGUCAAACGAAGUUAUGCCCAGAAUGUCACUGUGUGGAUUAAGGCCAGUGGACUACAGACUGAUGUGCAGAAGAUCCUUAGGAAUGCAAGGAAACUACCAGACAAAACUCAAACCUUCUAUAAGGAGUUGAACCGCCUUCGGAAGGCUGCCUUGGCUUUUGGUUUCUGGGAGCUCCUGAAGGGAGUAGCCGAUCUGCUGGAGAGAGAGUGCACCCUGCUGCCAGACUCGGCCCAUCCGGAUGCUGCUUUCCAGCUCUCCCACGCUGCACAGCAACUGAAACUGGCCAGCACUGGUGACUCCCAGUAUGCUGCUUUUGAUCACAACAUUGUUCCCAUGCACACUGACUUUUCAAGCUGAGCCACGUCUGAAUUAGUAAAAAAUGGACUAAAAUAUCAGCAGCAUCAGCCAGAGUGGACCAAGAUGGAGAAAGCACUUAUGUGUGCUUAAUGUUGUUCAAAGAACUCAAAGCGGCUGCUUGGAAAACGUGUGUGUGGAACUUACACCUCUUCUUUGACACUGCCUGAACACGGCAAAACAUACAUAAUAAGGUGUUUGUAAGAUGUUUAUGUGUACAUAUUUUUUUUACAUGUUGGUUUGUAGGAUCUUUUUCACAAGACAAGAUUUAAAUUUAGUUUUUAAUUCAUUGUCAAAGUACUGUCACAUUUACAAGACACCUGGGACAUGUCUGUUAAUGUCAAUUUAUAUUCAGGUGAUUAAAAUAAUGAAAUAGAAUAAAGAGAAAAAGUUAAAAUGAUACUUCAUAGCAGGUGAUUAUUGAGUAUAAAAAGGGACAAACUGCUCUGCAUUUUAUGUCACCAGUAUAAUUUUCCCUGAGGUCUGGAGGAUGGUUCAUAAAUCUGGGUUGAGAAUGUUAACACUUACUUUGUUCAUACACAAAUUAGUUUAAAAAGGUUAAAAGAAACACACUAUCACACAGGCUAUCAAGUAAUAUGGGCUUACUAGAGAUCCUCAUUAAUCAUUAAUUAAU